AUGGCCAAUUCCCCGUCGCACCGGAGCCCAGCCUCGUCCACCUCGGCUGGCCGAGACUCCGGCUCCCUUUCACAUUCCAGAGACCGCCGUGAUGUGCCGUCCUCCACAUCCGCUGACGCUGCUGCCGACCCUGUGCCGGUUGAGACACUGGUGGAACACCUGCUCGCCGCCAAACGCUCCUUAUCGUCAAUAACCGCCGUCCUGCGCGCGAACGAGAUUGCCACCGAUGCCCGCCAAGCCCACGAGGAGGCUGUCGUCCUCUACGCCGAGACCCAGUUCCUGCAGCGCGCCAUCUCGGAACAGCUGGCGCUCUUGCUCAAGGUCCGCCGGGGUCUCAAGAGGACCUACGAUGCCGGCAAGCGCGACUUCAAAAACCUUGUCAAGACCAUGGAUGCGACCAACGAGAAGCUCCAGGAGACCAUGGCCAUGCUCAAGAACACCACAGUCGAGCCCGUCUUCCGACCGCCUGGCGAAGAGCGGCGCAACUUGAUGGAUUUCGUCGACGAGAAGAGCGUCUACGUCAUGGUCGAGGCUCUGAAGCAGAGCCUUGGCGAGCUGCAGUCCAUCCAAACUUCUUUCGACGGCGAUCUUCUACGAUUCGACGACGACUUGCGUGCCCUCAAAAAGACGAUCACGGCGUCACCGCUGCCUCGCGUGCCCUCCGACUCCUCUGCAUACGACCCCAUACCUGAGCUUCUCGGCUCGCUUGUGGACCACUCACAUUGCAUGGCACAACUCUUAACGUCUCUGACGAAGCAUUUUGACCUUUGUGUCACAGCAGUCCGGACGACGGAAGGCGGCGCUGCCCUCGCCCGUCGGAGGGCGGCCGAGGUGACGCAGUCGCAGGGUGGUGAUAGCGUGUCAAUAUCCGGCGUGAUUGCCGACCAGGAAUCACACAUGCCCGAUCUUGACCCCAUUACGUCGCAAGACCGCGCAGACAUGCUGGAGAUCGUCGUCAGCGAUGCAUCAGAGGUCGACAGCGUUAUCCAGGAGCUCAAUGAGCGGCUACAGGCCAUGGAGGAGGACUUUGCUGCCAUGACGCAGCAAACGGAGCAGAUCAAGGCGGCGUUUCUUGGGACACUAGAUGCGUUUACUACCCUGGAAGAGAUGGGCGGUCGCAUGGCCAGUUACAUUGCUAGUGAGGCGGAAUUCCUGCAACGAUGGGAUGACGAGCGGUAUACCAUCUACAACAAGCUUGGAGAGAUGGAUGGCCUCAGAGACUUUUACGAAAAGUACUCAAACGCCUACGAUAACCUCAUCUUGGAAGUCGAGCGGCGGCGCAUGGUGGAGGAUAAGAUCACCAGCAUAUGGAAGAAAGCCAAGGAUAGCGUCGACAAAUUGAUGGAGAACGACCGGCGGGAGCGCGAAGGCUUCCGUCAAGAUAUUGGCGAAUUCAUUCCGACGGACCUAUGGCCCGGCAUGGAUGGUGGGAUGAAGCGGUGGGAGCUUGUCGCUGUCGACGACGGCACCGCAGAGGACGACGCUAGUGGCUGCCAAAGAAGUACCCCAGCGCUGGAUAGAAGUGUUGUGGACGCCGCCAGGGACAGAUUGGACCGAAGCCAGCAGAGGUGA